ACUUAAAAAGAAGUUCAGUAGCAAAGAAAAGAAAAGACAAAGACAAAGAGAGGAUGAAGGGUGAUUAAGGAGCAGUAAAACAGGGGAAAUGGUGUUAAAGGAAGCUGUAGUACGGGGUAAAGCUGUAGCUUGUAGGUGAAUAGGGAGGGGAUCGAUCUACUUAUCUACCUAGUACCUACCCCACCCCCACCCCCACCCCCAUACAGUCACACAAAAUUGCAUACAUACACACAGAAAGUCCGAUCAUCUGAUUCUUGUUUUUCCAUCUUUAUUGAAUCCCUCAUCUGUCUGUCUCUCUGAUAUUAAAAAAAACUAGAAUCAAUCUAUCACAUAUAUUCAUUCACUUCACUCUUUCCAUUUUGGACCAAUCCCAUCUUCACCCGCUCUCUCUCUAGCAGGUUGAAGCAUCUCUCUCCUCCUCUCCCUUCCUCUCUCUGUACCCAUCAAACCAAAACCCUUUCACACUUUCUGCAUCUCUGUCUUUGCUCACUCAUACCUCUGGUUGCAUUUGGUUUGAGCUUUGGUUUUGACUUGAAGUUGACCCAUAUCUGGUUCUUAGAUCAGGUCUUAUCUAGUUCAAGCCUUGGCUCAGCUGGAAAAGAUAGAGAUAAAGAAGCUUUCUCGAAGCUUUGGGAUCAGAUAUGAGUAGCGCGGGGUGUGGGUUGACCCGGACUUGAAUCUCUUUUCCUAAAAGAUGGACUCCUUUUGAGUUGCAAAAGUAGACACAGCUGGGAGAAGUUCGUUGGUGUGGGAAGGGACAUCAAAAAUGGGCUGUAAGUAUUCCAAAUUCGCAUCUUGGUGCUGUAAGAGACAAAAUGGGCCAAUUCAUGAAGAUCGUAAUCAAGAUGAUGAAGAUGCAAAUGAAGUUAGUGACUUGCCCACUUUUAGGGAGUACACAGUUGAACAACUGAGGAUAGCCACCUCUGACUUUGCAGUGGAGAGUAUAGUUUCUGAGCAUGGUGAGAAAGCUCCAAAUGUGGUUUAUAAAGGAAAAAUGGAGAAUCAGAGGCGGAUAGCCGUCAAGCGCUUCAAUAGAUCUGCAUGGCCAGAUGCACGGCAGUUUAUGGAAGAAGCAAGGGCGGUUGGUCAGCUUCGGAACAAUCGACUGGCAAACCUUCUUGGCUGUUGCUGUGAAGGUGAUGAGAGGUUGUUAGUUGCAGAGUUCAUGCCCAAUGAGACACUUGCUAAACAUCUAUUUCACUGGGAAACUCAACCAAUGAAGUGGGCAAUGAGAUUAAGAGUUGCCUUAUACCUUGCACAGGCUCUAGAAUAUUGUACAAGCAAAGGGCGUGCUCUUUAUCAUGAUCUUAAUGCUUAUAGAAUAGUCUUUGAUGAUGAUGGUAAUCCUAGACUAUCGUGCUUCGGUUUGAUGAAAAACAGUAGGGAUGGAAAAAGUUAUAGCACAAAUUUGGCAUUUACUCCACCUGAAUAUUUACGGACUGGAAGAAUAACUCCAGAGAGUGUCAUGUAUAGCUUUGGAACGCUUUUGCUCGACCUUCUCAGUGGCAAACACAUUCCGCCAAGUCAUGCCCUUGAUCUGAUAAGAGACCGGAAUCUUCAGAUGCUAACAGAUUCUUGCUUAGAAGGUCAAUUCUCUAAUGAUGAUGGAACGGAGUUGGUUAGAAUUGCAUCUAGGUGUUUGCAAUAUGAGCCUCGUGAGCGACCAAAUGCAAAGUCUUUAGUUGCUGCGUUAAUGCCUCUUCAGAAAGAAACUGAGGUGCCAUCUCAUGUAUUAAUGGGUAUACCAAUGAAUGGUGAAUCUAUGUCAUUAUCUCCACUUGGUGAAGCUUGCUUACGAAAGGACUUGACUGCCAUACAUGAAAUCCUCGAAAAGCUUGGCUACAAAGAUGAUGAAGGAGCAGCUACUGAGCUUUCAUUCCAGAUGUGGACCAAUCAGAUGCAGGAGACAUUAAACUCAAAGAAGAAGGGAGAUGCUGCUUUCCGACACAAAGAUUUCAAGGCUGCUAUAGACUGCUACACACAGUUUAUCCAGGUGGGGACGAUGGUGUCCCCAACAGUCUAUGCUCGCCGUUCUCUGUCAUAUCUCAUGAGUGACAUGACACAGGAAGCCCUCGAUGAUGCAGUGCAGGCACAAGUCAUAUCCCCUGUUUGGCAUGUCGCGUAUUAUUUACAGGCUGUUUCACUUUUCACCUUGUCGAGGGAAAACGAUGCACAAAUUGCACUGAAAGAAGGUGCUGUUCUUGAGGGAAAGAGGAUCACGGCUUCCUAGAUUGAAGUACGAGGUUCCUUGAAUUCUAACCAUUAUCUGAGGUUCUUUGAAUUCCUAUAGGCCAAAAAUAAUGAAUGAGAUCGAAGGUGCGGUUACAUGGUUGCUAAGGAAAGGAAUUGGGGUGGCUCGCUAGCUUUCUGUAAUUUAUUAUGUACAGUGCUUUGCUUACAUGUGCUGGCUCAAGAAAGAGAUUGGCUUUGAAUUUUCUUCUUCUUCCCUUUUAACUUUUCUGUUUCCCGGAACGGGUUGCUGCUGUUUCAUCAUUUCGUAAUUGCUUCGUGGGAGAAGUUACAAUUAUUUGCAACCAAUUUACCUGUUGUGAUUUUGUUGUUGCAACUGUUCUGCAUUUUCAGUGGCUGAAAAUGAACAUUUCCUUGAUUAAGAAAUGGGAAUGGGUUCUAUUUGGCCGCUUUAGAGGCAAAUUAAGUGUUCCCUUAUUUCUUAAACUUAUGGUUUCUAACUACUCCAA